CAACCCGGAUCUUUAUCUCAUCGAGAGUAUCUAUCAGCACUUAGUAUAUACCACCAAAAUCAUACCAACCGUUUCACUCCACUUUUCCAUUCUCCACUCCUCUAGUCUGUGCUGCAUAUUGCUACGCAAUUGAAAUAGCUGAUCAAGUACACUCCAUCAACUUUAACCACUCUUGCUGUAACCACCAUUGCAUCCGAAUAUAUACGCAUACACACAGUUACCUCUUAAAAAGCAUCGUUCACAUUAACUUCUUAUUCCGAAUACCUUCCAAAGCAUCUUCAACUUCCGAUUUGUAAUGGCAAAGCGCAAAACUGUUCAAGUCGAGAAAGAGGUUCCCUUCCAUACCUUUACUGUCGAACAAGUAGCCGAACAUUUUUCCACUAACAUUCACGAAGGUCUCUCUUCUCAAGAAGCUGCAGAACGCCUCAAGAAGUAUGGCAGUAACGAGCUUCAAGGGAAUGGGGGCGUUAAGUGGUACAAGGUGCUCUGGCGCCAGUUGGCAAAUGUCCUUGUAGUGAUUCUGCUCAUUGCCACAAUUCUGUCAUUUGCCACUAAAGACUUUGCAGAGGGUGCCGUCAUCCUUGUUAUCAUCAUUAUGAACGCGGCUAUUGGUUUCUGGCAAGAAUACAAUGCCGAGCAAACAAUGGAGGCACUUCGGAAUAUGUCUUCGCCUACCGCAAAGGUCAUUCGUGAUGAGAAUAGGACCACGGUCCCAAACAAUCAGGUUGUUCCUGGGGACAUCAUGAUAUUUGAGGAUGGAGAUGUCAUCGGUGCCGACUGCCGACUUGUUGAAACUUUCAACCUCGAAACUGAUGAAGCACUUCUUACAGGAGAGUCUCUUCCCGUUCAGAAGAACCUCGAUGUUAUCGAGAAGGAAGAUGAGCCUCUCGGUGACCGUCUCAACGUGGUGUUUUCCUCUACAACAGUGGUCAAGGGCCGUGCCAAGGGUAUUGUCAUCGGCACAGGCAUGAAGACCCAGAUCGGUCAGAUUGCCACUAGUCUCAUGAAUGUCGAUAGUAGCGAAACCACACCUCUUCAGAAGCGUUUGAACAAGAUGGCCUACUUCAUCUUCCUAGCUGCCAUUAUUUUGGUAAUUAUCGUAUUCGCCGUACACAAAUUCAAGUACAGUAACGAGGUUGCAAUUUAUGCCAUCUCUGUUGCCAUUGCCAUGAUUCCCGAGGGUUUGGUUGCUGUCGUUACAUUAACCAUGGCUUUUGGCGUCAGACGAAUGGCUCAAGUCAAGGCCAUUGUCCGUCGACUCUCUAGUUUGGAGAGUUUGGGAGCUGUUACCAACAUCUGUUCAGACAAGACCGGCACACUUACUCAAUCCAAGAUGGUUGCUGUCCGUAUGUGGCUUCCAGGUGAUGGAUACUACCGCAUCACUGGUACUGGCUUUGAUCCUGACGGUGAGAUCUACCAGCAAGGCGAAAUGAAUGGAGCUAGUGAAAGCAAUGCUCAGGAACAACUCGUCGUGAACGACGAGGGAAGCAACCAUUUCCUCCGUACUCUUCAAGCAGCCUCUCUCUGCAACAUGGCUGAGCUUCGUAAAACCACACGCCCACAGUCUCACGGUGAAUGGUCAGCCAUUGGUGACCCCACAGAGAUUGCACUCCAAGUUCUGGCAUACAAAGCAGGCGUUCCCAAACCUGAAUUGUUAUCACAGGGAUUCAAGCUCAUCGCUGAAUUUCCAUUUGACUCUUCUGUAAAACGUAUGUCUGUCCUUUAUCAGGCUCCUGAGCAACAGGAUGGUACUGGUGGUCACUUUAUCUUCCUGAAGGGCGCCACUGAACGGGUCAUUGGCUGCUGUACUCGCUAUCGCAAUGGAGAUAAUGAGAUCCUUCUGUCAGAGGAGAGCAACGAAAAGGGUAGUAUGGACCGCAAGGCUUUCGAAACUAUGAUCACAGAGAAGCUUGAUAUCCUUGCUGACAAAGGCCUUCGCGUGUUGACGUUGGCAUACCGUCGUUUCGAGGCUGCCCCUGGCACUGAUUUGGUACACGACUUGGUUCGUGAGGAGGUUGAGCAGGAUAUGACUUUCUUGGGCCUUGUUGGUAUCUAUGAUCCUCCUCGUGCAGAAUCCCGCCCUGCCGUGCUUCAAUGUUACGAUGCUGGCAUCCGCGUUCACAUGUUGACUGGUGAUCAUCCUGCGACGGCUGCUGCGAUUGCUAAGGAGGUUGCUAUCAUUCCUUCAGAUGUUCCUACAAAGGGCAACCCACUUAUCAUGACAGCUGGCCAGUUUGAUUCUAUGUCUGAUGAGGAAGUCGAUAAGCUUAUCGAGCUUCCUCGAGUGGUCGCUCGUUGCUCACCCAAUACCAAGGUAAAGAUGAUUGCUGCGCUUCACCGCCGUAACCUCUUUGCUGCUAUGACUGGCGAUGGUGUGAACGACUCUCCCUCGCUUAAAACUGCUGAUGUUGGUAUUGCUAUGGGCCAAUCAGGCUCUGAUGUCGCCAAGCAGGCGGCAGAUAUUGUAUUGACGGACGACAACUUUGCCACCAUUGUUCAUGCUGUUGCUGAAGGCCGCCGUAUUUUUGCCAACAUUCAAAAAUUUAUUUCUCAUCUCUUGUCCACCAAUGUUGCUGAAAUUGUUGUCCUGAUUGUUGGUCUGGCCAUCAAGGAUGAUGACGGCCAGGCCGUGUUCCCUAUGAGUGCUGUCCAAAUUCUGUUCUUGAACAUGAUCACAUCAUCCCCUCCAGCUAUGGGUCUCGGUCUCGAGCCCGCCAGUGAAUCAAACAUGCACGAACCACCACGCUCGGCUAAACAAGGAUUGUUCUCACGAGAGGUCAUCAUGGAUACUUUUGUCUAUGGCUUGGCAAUGGGUGCACUCUGCUUCUCUGUUUUCUGUGUAGUACUCUUUGGGUUCGAGGGAGGAGAGACUGGGUCCUCGUGCAACAGGGAGUACUCCGAAGCAUGCGAAGGUGUCUUCCGCGCACGUGCUACUGCUUAUGCAUCACUAACACUCCUACUCCUGGCUCACGCCAUCAACUGCAGAAGUUUCCGUGCAAGUAGCUGGUCUUUCAAGAAUCUUAAGACUUUACGUCACAACAAGAUGCUUUGGAUGUCAUUGGUCAUCGGCGCUCUGGUUGUCAUUCCUUGUAUUUACAUUCCAGGUCUGAACCGCAGUGUCUUCAAGCAUACCGGCAUCAGUUAUGAAUGGGGGUUCGUUAUCGCCGCUCUGGUCCUUUUCAUUCUCUUUUCCGACCUUUACAAAUUUAUCAAGCGCAGGACGAUGAAGCCUCUUACUGUACGUGCAGCUUCAGAACUGGAAAUGGAGAGGAUGCGAACUUUCAUGUCGCAGCAUACCCAGAAUGACUCUGUCAUGGAGACCAAGCCUUAAGAAUCAACAAAAAAAAAGGCAUUGUUUAAUCAUAUCAUUAUCUGCAGUGUAUACUAUAUAGUAAUUGAAUAAUAACAAUAUUAUUAAUUUUUUUGUAAUUCUUGAUACACUGGAUUUUAACCGAAUAUGCCUUUCCACAAUGAGGAUGAACAGAUCAAAU